AAAGAAACAACAAAAGGGAAUCAAAGAAUAAUACAGAGCAACAACACACACGCACGCACACCAACUCACUGUCUCAGAAGAAAGAAACAAGGGUUUCAACCCCAACAAAAAAAUAAAAAAUAGAGGAAGAUUGAAGAAUACAACAGAGAGAUCGAGAGACAAAAGAAUAAAAAAUAGGUUUGUGCCUCCACUCUCAUAAUAUUUCUUCUAUCAAUUUGUUGUCCACUUGUCCUAAUUUAUUUUUUCUUUUUCUAUUGAUAAUCAAUGAGUUUGUAUUUUGAGUUUAAUAAUUAGGUUCUUGUAUUUUUUUUAUAUUUUUUGUAGUGCUAUGGGUCCUAGAAAAUUUGAGUGCGGGGAUGCGAAAAGAAAGAAAAAACAAAGAAUAGAAGAGUGUACAAACUCGCAAAAGGAUGAUAUUUUUAAAUUUUUUCCGCAUAUAAACCGAGUUCAAGAUGAAGUUGUAGUUGAAGAUGAAGUUGUGGCUGAAGAUGAAGUUAAUUUGGAAGAAGUACACGAGAAUGAGGUUGACAAUGAACAAAAGAUCCAAACAGAUAAUAUCGAAAUUGGAGACGCUAGUGGGCUACCAUUUGAAGAAGCAAAAGAAGAUACGGAACAGUUGAACAUAGACGACCCGGUAAAUUGGAUUAAGCUAGAUCAGAAAAUGAAGGACUUGAUAGAAGAAAGAGGUCCUAUACGAGCUGCGGAUAUCAACUUUGAGUACCCUCUUGAUGAUCAAGGUAGACAUUUCUCUUCUGUGCAUUAUACGCAACAACUAACAAAUGGAGAAAAACAAGAGAGGAAAUGGUUAGUCUACUCAAAACUUGGAGAUAAGAUAUUUUGCUUUUGUUGUAAAUUGUUCAAGCAAGAUGGAGUUAAAGUGCAAUUGGCCACGGAAGGUUUUAAUGCUUGGAAAAAUAUUUCAAGCAGGCUAAAGGGUCAUGAAUGCAGUAACGAUCAUAUUAUUUGCAUGAGUCGGUGGAUUCAAACCGAGACGAGAAUGCGUAAAAGAGAAACAAUUGAUAAAUCUUUGCAAGAAAAGAUGAAUAGAGAGAAGGACUAUUAGCGACAAGUCCUAUUAAGGAUAAUUGCUCUUGUUAAAACUCUUUCACAACAAAACUUGGCAUUGCGUGGUAGUAAUGAGACACUUUUCGAAGAUGGCAAUGGAAACUUUUUGAAAUUCAUUGAGAUGAUGGCAAUAUUUGAUCCUAUAAUGCAGGAGCAUGUCAGGCGAAUCCAAAUGAGUGAGAUUCACACUCAUUAUCUUGGUCCCAAAAUUGAAAAUGAAUUGAUCCAAUUAUUGGCAAGCGAGGUCAAGUGCACGAUAGUGGAGAAAAUAAAAAAAGCAAAGUAUUUCUCAGUUAUACUUGAUUGUACUCCAGAUUCUAGUCAUGAAGAACAAAUGACUCUUGUGAUUCAAUGUGUAGAUGUUACGGUAAGUCCAGUGAAAGUGGAGGAGUACUUCUUGGGCUUUCUCAAAGUAGAUGAUACCACAGGACUUGGACUUUUCAGCGAACUUGAAGAGGCGUUAAAAAAUCUUAAACUUGAUAUUAAAGAUAUAAGAGGCCAGGGAUACGA